AUAAAGUAAAAAUUAAACUAAACAAGCAACUUGCUCCAAGCUUCUUCUCUUUCCCUUCAUAGAAACUUACAGCUCUCUUCUCCAAAACUCUCUGUAAACCCCAAAAGCUCGAAUCUUUAAAGAAAAUCCUUUCUGGGUUUUGUUCGUUUGCUAAUUAUAAAUAAAUGGGUGGCAACGGAAAACACAGAUGGAAAAUCUCAUUCUAUCAUCGUUCAAAUUCAAAUCCAAAACAACACCACCAAACCACUGAUCCUCCAAAAGAAUUUCUCUGUCCGAUUUCUGGAUCUUUAAUGUCUGACCCAGUUAUUGUCUCCUCCGGCCAAACGUUCGAGCGUGUUUCCGUUCAAGUCUGCCGCGAUUUGGGUUUCACCCCCGCCGUCGACGGCGGCGGUGACUCGAACUCACUUCCUGACUUUACUAAUAUCAUAGCUAAUAUGGCCAUCAAAACGACUAUUCAAAACUGGUGCGAUACGUCCGGCGUGGAACGCCCACGGCCGCCGGAUUAUAUUUCUAUUGAGAAAGCUGUUCGGAAGAAGAUGGCGGAGUCUAAAAAUUCUCACUCUACUCCGGAUUUUAGGGUUUCUGAGAGAGAGCUGUUAAAGGGCGUGGCUGAUAAUCCGCCUGUUCGAUUUUCUCACGCCGUCACUGAGUUGACUCACCGAGUCGGUCAUUUUUACUCUUCCUCAUCGGAGGAGUCUGUUAUUGUCAGCCACGCUCCGGCUAGUCCGUUUACGCCGUUACCUUUUGCUACCCGGCCUGCGUGUUAUACCACUACUACGUCUACUUCGUCAUCGGAGAUUACAGAAGCUGAAAUCCUAACCCUCGGUCCCGGGCAAGGGCAAGGGCAAGGGCAGGAUCGCAAUUCUGUGUCCAGUUCCGAUGGUGGUUCUUCAAUUCCUCAAGAGGAGGAGAUUGUGGUUAAGCUGACCAGCGGCGAGGUUCACCGGCAAGAAGAAGGCGUGGUUAUGCUGAGGAAGUUAACUAGAGCUAAAGAGGAGAUGAGAAUUCCAUUGGCUACACCGCGUUUACUCGCCGCUCUGCGGACGCUGAUCGCGUCCAGAUACGGUAUCGUUCAGACCAAUGCAAUUGCUUCACUGGUAAAUCUCUCAUUGGAGAAGUCUAACAAGGUUAAACUUGUUAGGUCAGGUUUUGUUCCUUUGUUAAUUGAUGUGUUAAAAUCAGGUUGUAAUGAGCCACAAGAGCACGCAGCUGGUGCUCUGUUUAGUUUAGCCUUAGAGGAUGAGAAUAAGAUGGCAAUUGGGGUUUUAGGUGCAUUGCAGCCCUUAAUGCACGCGUUAAGGUCUGAUAGUGACCGUACCCGCCAUGACUCGGCUUUAGCAUUGUAUCAUUUGAGUUUGAUACAGAGUAAUCGGGUUAAGCUGGUGAAGCUCGGUGCGGUUGGUUCCCUAUUGAGUAUGGUGAAGUCGGGUGACUUGGCGAGUCGGUUGUUGCUGAUAUUGUGCAAUUUAGCUGCUUGUAAUGAAGGGAGAUCAGCUAUGCUGGAUGGAAACGCGGUUACGAUAUUGGUUGAGAUGUUAAGAGAAAAAAGCCAGAAGGUUGAUUCGGAAGCUACUAGGGAGAACUGUGUGGCUGCAUUGUUUGCAUUGAGUCAUGGGAGCUUGAGAUUUAAAGGGCUGGCUAAGGAAGCGAGAGCUGUUGAGGUAUUGAGGGAGAUUGAAGAGCGAGGGAGUGAUAGAGCACGGGAGAAAGCGAAGAAGAUUCUGCAAAUGAUGAGAGGAAGAGAUGAGGAAGAUGAAGAUUGUGAUUGGGAAGGUAUUCUUGAAUCCGGUGGACUCAGCCGGACUCGGUAUCGAGUUGGUCCUGGUGCUGGAAAAAAUGGUCCAAACUCUUCUAACUUUUGAUUGUGAACUUUGUAAUUAGUCCAUUUUAUCACAUGUUUAUGGGGUUUGAUUUCAAGGUGUAAAGAUAGGAAAUGGUGUUAUAUGUUAUUAUUUAUUUUAAGUUAAUUGAUUGUGAGUAGGACUUUUUUUAAGGUUUUGGAAUGUGGGGGUAGUUGUACAGAAAUAGAAUUUUGAAAGAGUGAUUAAAAUGUUAGCAAAAAAACAGAUUGGAUAUAGUUGGAGUUAUGUGCAUAAGCAUUAUUUUGAGAUAUUUUAGUUUCUGCCAA